AUGGCUUUGCUGGCCAAUCUGGCUCGCAAGUGGCGCCCGUUGGCGUUAGAGUGGGAACGCGUUGAUCAAGAGUUUCUAGCAAAAGAAACUGGCGAAGCUAAACGAAGCCUCCGAAAGGCUGUAUGGUUCACUUCUGGUGUAAUGAUCGUGUGCGUGGAGCAUCUCCUCUCGAAAACGGCCGGCAUCAUCAACCAAUCCCACGAAGCUAAAUUUUGCAACUGGGAGAUUAAAAGCUUCGCACACUACUACGCUUCCCGUCAAUACGCGUUCAUCUUCAAGCACAUCCCGUUCAACAUACCCGUGCUUGCCUUCUUCGAAUACUGCAACGCCGCCCUAACGAUGGCCUGGACCUGUCAGGACCUCCUCAUCAUUCUAAUCAGCAUGGCCCUGUCGCAUCGUUUUCGUCAAAUCUACGCCCAGGUUCAACCGUUCAGCAGUGGUAUCGUCAUUGCCGCUGAAAAGUUCUGGUCCGACAUCCGGGCCCAGCACACACUGCUUGGUCAACUGGUGCGCGACACGAACCGUUUGCUAGCUCCACUCAUCAUUGCCUCAUGCGGCACCAACCUGUACUUGAUCUGCUUUCAACUCCUCAACAUAUCCCGAAAACAGGAAAGUCUCGCUUCUAGCGUUAACCACUGGUAUGCCCUGUGCUAUCUGAUCGUGAAGACGAACCUGGUGUUCUACCACACGGCCAUGGUCAACGAAACGGCCCCGCCGCUGGCCAUCUGCCGUCGCAUACCCAACAUUGGCUGGUGUCUGGAGCUGGAACGGCUAGUAGAUCAGCUGCGCAACGAGAGGGUUUCACUGUCCGGGAUGGGAUUCUUCCAUCUCACCAAACGGACGAUGCUGGCGAUGGCCGGAACGGUGGUAACCUACGAGUUGGUAAUGCUGAAGUUUGCCGAAGACACUGAAGGGAUUGGUGACGUGAAGCCGUGCUCGCGGUUGGCUUUCUCCAAGGACACUUAA